AUGACGGAUGGGACUGGGUCAGGCAGUAGCAGCCGGCCCAGUGCCUUUGGUGGCAACGCGCCUCGACGAUUGUCGUAUGCUUCAGUGGCUGGGGGCGCAGCGUCACAGAACAUUCACCAUCCUACAAGGGCUGGUGCUUUCUCCCAUCUCGCGGCGUCAACUCCGAGCGGCACGCAUCCGGCUGAAUAUCAGGCAGAACAUCAGUAUCAGAGACGAUAUUCAGAACACGAUCAAGACUCGCUGGCAGCCAGAGGCUGGCGGAAGCCCACACCACUGCCGUCCUAUUCGAGGAAGUUUGCCAACAUCCCGUCUCUGAGAACAGGCACAAUGCAUCCGAACCCCUUCUUCGUCCCAUCCUACCUCCGACAUUCUAGUUACAUGGCGAAAUUGGAGGCUGCGUACAAGGCGAAGCUAAAGCGAGAACGUGAGCAGCCGUCGGGCACUUCUUCGCAGAGCUCCUUUUCUACUAGCCCCAGCAACACGAGAUUAGCGCCAUCCCAUCGUGGCAUGACAUACGACAUUAUCGAAAGCAAUCCUCCCAAAGAAGAGGAGGUGUUGCCACCUCUGCCAUCCAGAUGGAGUGAGCAGGACAAGUACCCGGGUCUUGAUAUAAUGAGUGACGGACAAGAUCUAAGAUACAGCGGAUCGGCGAGUAAGGCGGAAAUCGAAGCAGCCUCUGUCAGGACAAAUCAUGCCAUGCCUCUCGGAUGUGGAAUGUACUACUUCGAGGUGGUAAUCAAGCAGAAGAGCAAGGACACAGCUAUCGCGGUCGGGUUUUCUACGAGUGAGGCCUCGCUGGAGCGGUUACCUGGCUGGGAGACACACUCGUGGGGUUAUCACGGUGACGACGGGAGAAUGUUUUUUGGUGAGCAUUCGGGUCGAAACUAUGGCCCGACUUUCGGAGCUGGAGACGUUAUCGGCUGUGGUAUCAACUUCAACACCUGGCAGGCAUUCUUCACCAAGAAUGGUCAGGAUCUCGGCGUCUGCUUCAGAGAACUCAAGAAGGACAUGAAACUAUACCCGACCAUCGGAAUGAAGAAACACUCUGGCGCGCUCGUGACGGGGAACUUUGGGCAGCGGCCCUUUGUUUUCGACAUCGACGGCAAGAUGCUGGCCGAACAGGCCAACAUCUCAAGAGAUAUUUCGAAGGCGAGGAUUACAUCGUUACAGCGUCAACGAGACGAAAACAGUCUCAUCCAGGAAUUAGUGGCGCAAUUCUUGAGCCAUGACGGCUACGUUGAAACCGCCAAAGCAUUCGCGGAGGAAAUAGGAAGAGAAAAACAGUCCUUAAGCAACGUGCUUCCAGCAAACACACCUACCGUUACAGCUCAGGAUGACACCGACGCUGUCCAUCGGCAAAGGAUACGGCGGGCCAUUCUCUCCGGAGAUAUCGAUCAAGCUCUCGAAAUUACACAUGCACAUUUUCCCACCGUCCUGGCGGAAAACCCGGACAUAGUGUUCCGGCUGAAAUGUCGAAAAUGGAUUGAGCUAAUCAGCAAGACAACUGACCUCAAUACGCGCAAGCCACCAGCACGAAAUGACCGUAGACCCAGUAAUGGUGUCGAGAAGUCUAACAGUGCGGACGACGAUCCUGUUCACGACAUGGAACUUGAUUCGGACAACCAUGCUAAUGGGGUCGGCAAGUCGCGCGCCGACAGUAGUGGCUUACAGCACGACCAGCUGCUCCAGGAAGUCAUGUUAUAUGGCCAGGAGCUGCAUCGAGAAUUUCAGCAUGAGGACGGCGAGCAUGCAAAGGCUCUUCAGGACAUAUUUAGCCUGGUAGCCUACAACGAUCCGAAAGGCAGUGUACAUGGGCAUCUGUUGGACACUUCUGGAAGGACAGCAGUUGCAGAGGAGCUGAAUUCGGCUAUCUUAGUGUCGCUGGGACGAUCGCCUUCUGCUGCACUGGAGACGGCAUGGAAGCAGACCGAGGCACUGAUUGAUGUGCUCAGCGAAGAGGGUGGUCCUGCUGCUUUCGUCAAUCUACAAGCAACGUUUUCGUCUUAA